UGCGCAAUGAUUGUUUUCAACUUGGCGCGCAUUUCCGGCAUUGGUGCACAUGGUCACGGAGUGUAUAUGAGAUAGGAUUCGGUUGAACAACUAUGGAUCAAAUACCCGCCGCCAUGGAUAGGCAGCUGGACGUGGUUCAGUGUCACAGGGAUGGUGGUCUGCUGCUUGGAGCUUCUAGUCUCAGUGGCAGGUACUGGUUGGGCUCUCUCUGGUUCUACUCCAAUCCAGCAUUGGCGCCUGAUGUAGAGAAAUGCACAGCUGGGGUGCAGCUGGAGGCGGGGCUGCAAGAUGCCACAUGGGCUGAUGCAACAACUGUUGUAGUGGGGCUUGAUACAGGGGGCGUGGCAGUGUGGGGGCUAGUUGAUGACUUCCACACAUUCGUGCUGUCUCAGUGUGCGAUAGAGCAUGACAACAUUGUCAGUUCUGUCAGCGUGUCAGCUGAUGGCAAGACGGUUAUAUCUGCCAGCUAUGACAACAGAAUAAAAGUGUGGGAUCUAAGCAAUCUCUCUUCAAUACACACAUAUAGAGCCCACUCUGAUAUUGUGUGGUCAGUUGACUGUCACCCUACAGAGGCGGACAUGUACCUGUCAUGUGGACAUGACAAAGCGGUCCUGCUGUGGGAUCAGAGGAAACCUAAACCAGCCAGUAUUAUCAAGUGUCCACGUCUGCAGGGCUCCCCUACCUGCUCCUCCUGGCAGCCCGGCUCACAACACACAGCAGCCAUAGGCAGUGAGGUGGGCCAGAUGGUGCUGAUGGAUAUCAGGAUGGUGGCUGACACAGUCCAGGCUUAUACACCGCACACGCGCAGGGUACAACGUACAGAGUUCUGCCCGGCCAAACCAAGUUUGCUGGCGUCAGUGGGGGAGGACUGUGGGACGGUGGUGGCUGCAAUCGAUGAUAAUUCCAUAGCCAGCAGCUACAGUGUGUGUUCUCACUCCGACUUCGUGCAGGGUCUGACCUGGUUUGGCAGUGACUGUCUGUACACCUGUGGCUGGGACUCCCAAGUGGUCAGGCACGACCUAACUGAUUCCAAGAGCAACACAACCAAGGCUGUUGUAAUGGAUGUAAAUGGAGAGAUCCCGGAUAAAGGACAGCUCAUUGAGGAUCAACAGCAGAGCUAACCUAGAUACAUGAGCAGCCACACGAAGAAGAAUAGCAUUACAAGUGGGGAAAAGACAGGUGAUCUCACGCAGAAGUGGUGACAGUGUCCUGUGUGACAGCUCAUACCAGUUGCUGGGACGACCGUGUCCUUGGUUACAGCUCAUACCAGUUGCUGGGACGACUGUGUCCUUGGUUACAGCUCAUACCAGUUGCUGGGACGACCGUGUCCUUGGUUACAGCUCAUACCAGUUGCUGGGACGACUGUGUCCUGUGUGACAGCUCAUACCAGUUGCUGGGACGACCGUGUCCUUGGUUACAGCUCAUACCAGUUGCUGGGAUGACCGUGUCCUGGGUUCAGUUCAUACCAGUUGCUGGGGCGACUGUGUCCUGUGUGACAGCUCAUACCAGUUGCUGGGACGACCGUGUCCUGGGUUCAGUUCAUACAGGUCACCUGGACAGAUUUCAACAGAGCUUGUGACACACAUGGCAUCACAGGACUCUAGAGUCUCCAUCAUUAUUGCUGUAUACUUCACACCUUGUUGUGAAACUGCUGCAGGCAGUAUAUGAAGGUGGAGUGUGUGUGUGUGUAUGCAAAUGUGUGUGUGUGUGUGUGUGUGAGUGUGUGUGCUUGUAAGCAUGUACAAGAGCUGGUGACCGAGCCACAACAAUGUCUUCAACAGUAUCAAAAAAUCUCUGGAACUGUUCAGUAAUGGGAUUUGUGAAAGUAUUUGUAGUUAUUUGCCUCACUUCCCCUUUAAUCCAAAAUCCUGCAAACUGUUGGUGUCAUGUUUGAUAUUGUAUUCUACCUUCCCUUUUUGCAGACCAUCAUUCCCUGUUCUCACUGAUUCACAGAUGCUUCAGAUGAACAGCUAUGCAUUUCUAGCUAGUGUAUUCCUCCUCCAUGGCACACCUCAGUCAGCAGAUAGGGCUCCCCAUCUUGAUACAACACAAGCCCUGUCUAUCUCAGCUUGGAAGCUAUUUUGCUGCCUUCAGAUUAUGCAAUUGAAAUUAGUACAUAUCAAAAUAUUAAAUACCUCGUCAGUGGAGACUUGUUCUGGCAGUGAUUGUAUGUUGUGUCAAGAUGGGCAUGUUCACGAAGGCUCUGUGGUGAUUGAUAUUAAUGUGCUCUAUCUGUAGGAUCUGACAGGUGUCAGUCUGUUAUCUUGUAAAACAAUAUUCGCCGUGGUGCAACUUGAGUUUUGUAUGACAUAAUAUACAAAUAAACUGUGACUGUCUA